AUGUCGGACAAGUACGUUUAUUCAAUUGAGCCUGUGAAGGGUUUUGAACUUCUAUCCAAAAUGGCUCCGAAUUUGCCGAAGCAAGUGGAUCGGUAUAAUGGACGACACAUCAGUCUCAAUGAACGAUUCAGUAUUUAUGAACGAGGAUAUAUCAUCAAGAAUAUCGCUAAGGUCCCCGAAACAAAGUUCAGUGUAACCUUGACGUAUAACAAGAUUUUACCACGUGAGGCCACAAUUGCGAAAAUGAGAGCAAUGCAAGCGGCAAAUGAAAAAAGGACAAUGGCAAAGGAUGCCAAGAAAGACGCCGAAGCAAAG